ACGGAGCUGGAGCGGCGGGGCGGCGGCGGAGUCCGGCGGCCGAGAUAGCGAGUGAGCGAGCGAAGGAGCAGCGACCCCGGGGUCCAGGGAGCGAGAAGGAGAAGGAGGGGAGCGCUCGGGCGCGAGCGAGAGAAACUGCGAGCGCCGGGCUUGGGCUCGAGCCCCGGAACGGCUGAGGAGCCCGCCCGCUCCCCUCCCCUCCCCCUCCCCGGGACCGGGCCCAGGCCCAGCGCGCCAUCCUCCCCCUCCCUCCUUCCCUCCCUCCCUCCUUCCUCCCUUCCCUCUCCCUCUCCCCCUCCCCCGCCGGUGGAUGGGAGUGAAGGACGGAAGAGGCCCUGCGGAGUCGGCGGUGCAGCGCUCCGGAUGAGGUUGACCUGAGGAGGAUGGCCCACCCCUUCCCUGGCGCCCCUGUGCGGUGGUCCAGCCUCGAUAUCCGCUAAGGAGGAGCGGCCCGACCCACCGAACCAUCUGCAGCAUCCACCUACCAAAUCAGGCGGGGUUUUCUUUUCUGCCACCGGCUCCUCAAACGGGAGUUGCCUUUUGACGUUGUAACAACUGAGCUUCGAGGCCCUCAGCCAUUCCCCUUCAUCUAAUCUCAUCUCCCGACUCCUUUAGGAAAGACAGUGCCUUCUGUAGCCUCCCAGGUGGAAUGAACCUUACUUGUUGAAUAUCUCCUGGUUACUGGUUGGAUUCACUUGUAAAAGAAUCAUUUUCCCCUGCCUGGAAGCCACUUAGUGACAUAUUUAAUUAUAAAUCCAGGGAUCGCAAAGCUUUUUGAUUUCCCAGAGGAGGGGCAUACCACUGUAUCAAAUAAGCUUGAUAUUACAGCCAAAAUGGUGCUGUCCCAGAGACAACGAGAUGAACUAAAUCGAGCUAUAGCAGAUUAUCUUCGUUCAAAUGGCUAUGAAGAGGCAUAUUCAGUUUUUAAAAAGGAAGCUGAAUUAGAUAUGAAUGAAGAAUUAGAUAAGAAAUAUGCUGGUCUUUUGGAAAAAAAAUGGACAUCUGUUAUUAGAUUACAAAAGAAGGUUAUGGAAUUAGAAUCAAAGCUAAAUGAAGCAAAAGAAGAAUUUACGUCGGGUGGACCGCUUGGUCAGAAACGAGACCCAAAAGAAUGGAUUCCCCGUCCACCAGAAAAAUAUGCAUUGAGUGGUCAUAGGAGUCCAGUCACUCGAGUCAUUUUCCAUCCUGUCUUCAGUGUUAUGGUCUCUGCUUCAGAGGAUGCUACAAUUAAGGUGUGGGAUUAUGAGACUGGAGAUUUUGAACGAACUCUUAAGGGGCAUACAGACUCUGUACAGGAUAUUUCAUUUGACCACACUGGCAAGCUUCUGGCGUCCUGUUCUGCAGAUAUGACCAUUAAACUAUGGGAUUUUCAGGGCUUUGAAUGCAUCAGAACCAUGCAUGGCCAUGACCACAACGUUUCUUCAGUAGCCAUCAUGCCCAAUGGAGAUCAUAUAGUGUCUGCCUCAAGGGAUAAAACUAUAAAAAUGUGGGAAGUACAAACUGGCUACUGUGUGAAGACAUUCACAGGACACAGAGAAUGGGUACGCAUGGUGCGGCCAAAUCAGGAUGGCACUCUGAUAGCCAGUUGUUCCAAUGACCAGACUGUGCGCGUAUGGGUCGUAGCAACAAAAGAAUGCAAGGCUGAGCUUCGAGAACAUGAGCAUGUGGUAGAAUGCAUUUCCUGGGCUCCAGAAAGCUCAUAUUCUUCCAUCUCUGAAGCAACAGGAUCUGAGACUAAGAAAAGUGGCAAGCCUGGGCCAUUCUUACUGUCUGGAUCCAGAGACAAAACUAUUAAGAUGUGGGACGUCAGUACUGGCAUGUGCCUUAUGACCCUUGUGGGUCAUGAUAACUGGGUACGUGGAGUUCUGUUCCAUUCUGGAGGGAAGUUUAUUUUGAGUUGUGCUGAUGACAAGACCCUACGCGUAUGGGAUUACAAGAACAAGCGAUGCAUGAAGACCCUCAAUGCGCAUGAACACUUUGUUACCUCCUUGGAUUUCCAUAAGACGGCCCCAUAUGUGGUUACUGGCAGUGUAGAUCAAACAGUAAAGGUGUGGGAGUGCCGUUGAUUGAGUCUCAUUUGGCCCCUCCUCCCUUUUUUCCUCUGGAUGCACUCUGAUGAUACCAUGGUUACCCCAUUGAGCUCUGUUUAAAUAAAUAUUGUCCUUUCAUGUAAAUUAUUCUGGAUGUAGAUUGAGCUUAUUAAAUGUUACACACAAAGUAUUCAUGCAUGGUGAAUCCAAAUUGUAUACUGUAAAUUUACAUAUGUUGUCUAGAAGUACCAUAGGGUUUAAAAACCUGGGCUGGCAUUGGUCACACCAGGCCUAAGAAGGCAGAAGUUGAAUAAAUUGAACUAGGGCACUAAACUGAAUAGUUGACAGUGUCAUUUUAUGUUGGAUUAUUAAUUCCUGUUUUUCUUUCUGCUAUCUGUUGGUGCCUGACUUGAUGGCCUCAUUUGGGGAAAAGUGGUGGUUGUUAGGGCUUUUUCUGAAAUGUGUAUCUAUGUAACAUCACUUAAGUGUGCUUAAUAAAUCUUCUUUAAGGAUGUUAGAUAAUAAGGCAACAAUUCAAAAUCUUCUGAACCAUCUAUGUAAUUAAUGGGGAUUACACAUUGGAAUUUUUGUCAUGACACAUUUGCCAAAUCAAUAGGAUACAUUUGUUUUGGCAGUCUAUCAAGCAAAGGCUAGUGGUAUAUUUAUGUAAGAAAAUGACUGUAAAUCUCAAAUAAGAAAAAUCUCAGCAGCUAAUAGCAAAUCAUUUAUUUCAUUUGGGUCUUAAUGCUUUGUAAACAGGUUAAAAAACACUGUAAUACUCUAAGCUUCUAUUUUCCACACUAGACACACUUCUAGCUGUAUUCUCCAUACUCUUAGACUGUAUAGUGAUGUGACUUCCAAGUAGAAUUUAAGCUUCCAUUGAGUGUGUCAUGGUACAAAUCACUAUUUGUUUUUUGAUGUUUUUUAGGGAUGUGCAAUGUGCAUUAUUACAUAAUGACAGAGAAAUAUGGAAAAGGUUAUGUUUGCCCAUUUUUAAGGGAGUGGGAGAAAUACAAGUUUGUUCAACAUGAAAUCCGAUAUCAAUUUGAACUGUGUUUAACUUACAAGUUAAAAAAAAGACAGGGUUUAAUGGAAUGUGCAUAACAAUGUACUGUGUUUUCACCUUUUGUUUAUAUAUAAAUGUUUAUAAGUAUAUGGGCCUAUCUGUAAGUGGAUAAGUCUGUAUAUGUAUAUCACACACAUCCAACCUCUAUGUCCUUGGGUCCUGGGUUUUGAAGAAGUGCUAAAACAUACAAGUAGAAUAAAUCUUGCUGUGGAAUACCA